AUGACAGGUGAUGUUAUGCAAGUCCCAAGAAAAAGUGGUGAGAAGGAUGAAAUAUGCACGUGUGAGUCAAAGCGAGUAUUGAAGUCUGCAAGAAUAAUGGCUAAGAAUAAGAGAGUAAUGAAAAUGAUGGAAGCUGCAACAGGAAAUGACAAUAAAAAGAUAUGUGCUUACUGCCGCAGUUAUGUAUCACGCAUGCCACAACUGUCCCUGCAAUACAUAUCCAUGGAGUACAAGGUGGCGAUCAAGUGCAAGAACAGCGCCGACGAGUACGAGAGCAAGGCGGUGGGCGGUGUCGACGACACCGGCGCCUUCAGCGUGCCCCUGGCCGCUGACCUCCACAGCGCCGACUGCAUCGCGCAGCUUCACAGUUCCGCCUCCAGCGCGCCGUGCCCCGGCCAGGAGCCGUCCAAGAUCAUGCCGGUGUCCGAGGGCACCACCUACGGCGUCGUCGUCGCUGGUGAGAACACCGCCAUGCCGUCCGCGGUGUCGCCGGAGUGCGCGUCCAUGACCCUGUGCGGGCCGAUCAAAAAGCACAUCAUCGAGCACUUCCAUCACAAGAAGCCCGUGCCGCCCAAGCCGGAGCCCAAGCCCCAGCCCCACCCGGACUAUGGCCCCGUGCCCAAGCCCGAGCCGAAGCCGCAACCCCACCCGGACUACCACCCUGUCCCUUCGACGCCCACCUAUGGCGGCGGCGGUGGAUACCACGGACACCACUGA